CACACCACUGCCAAGAAAACGCCAAAAACAGGCGGGAGGCUGCCGUGUGACGGUGUUGCAAAUUCCUGCGGUCCCCAAACGCAGCAUGAAGUUGAGCGGCAGCGCUGACAGGAAGUUGUGUCUGCCAUGUUCGGCUGCUUUGUUACAGAGCUGAGCUCCGGAGCUACGAUGGAGCCGAGCUGGAGCUCGUUUUUAUUCCAGCAAACCAAUGAGGCGUUGCAUCAUCAGCAUCAGGUAUCUGGAAACAGCCUCCUGCCUUUGCUAAAUGCUGGCACAGAACCACCGGAUCAGAAACCAGUUCUGCCAAUCCCCCUGGACCAGAAACCCCCAGUUAGUGCUGUGGAUCUUCUGAAAGAAAACGUUGCCAGUGGGACAGGAGGAGAUGGGGGUGGAGGGGGCAGCGGUACAGGAACAACUUUGGUUGCUGUGGUCAAGAAGGAGCCAAAGUCAAAGACACCCUUCAUCUGUGGUUACUGCGGUAAAGCUUUUAGAGACAGCUACCACCUGCGGCGGCAUGAGUCCUGCCAUACCGGCAUUAAGAUGGUUUCUCGGCCUAAGAAGACUCAGAUGGCGCCGACCAUGGUGCCGCUUAUAUCCACCGUCACCCGCGAGAACAAUGGAAACCCUUCGUAUGUCACUACUGUGGCAGGCAUCUUGACCACAGCCACCACGUCCAUGGGGAGCGGUAUCAUGAGUGUCGCACAGCAGCAAACCGCCCCCAAGAAGCCCCCCAAGCCAGUAAAAAAGAACCACGGUUGUGACAUGUGCGGUAAGGCCUUCAGAGACGUCUAUCAUCUGAACCGCCACAAACUGUCUCACUCGGACGAGAAGCCCUUUGAGUGCCCCAUCUGCCAUCAAAGAUUCAAAAGGAAGGACCGGAUGACCUACCACGUCCGCUCCCAUGAUGGUGGCGUGCACAAACCGUACAUCUGCUCCGUCUGCGGGAAAGGCUUCUCCAGGCCUGACCACCUGAGCUGUCACGUCAAACACGUCCACUCGUCAGAGAGGCCGUUCAAAUGCCAAGUCACGGCGUGUACGUCAGCCUUUGCUACCAAAGACCGUCUGCGCUCCCACAUGAUCCGACAUGAAGGCAAAGUGACCUGCACCAUCUGCGGCAAAAUGCUGAGUGCAGCCUACAUCACAAGUCAUCUGAAGACACACGGCCAGGCCAGCUUCAACAACCCCUGCAACAACAAAGGCAUAAGUGACUGGCAGUGGAACCACUCAGGGCCACACAAAGGUGAGUUGACGGUAGGAGAGAUUUUAAAUAACUCCUUCCAAGUCCUAAUUGACAACUCUCAUAAAGAUGCCGGAAACGUGCAAAGCAGUUCAGCAACGACACAAGCCACAGAAUCGUCUGCCACCACUUCGGCCGGAAACCGCAACACCAAUGCCAGCAACGCCGUCACCAUCACGUCGCAGAUGAACAUUGCCACCAGCACCGUCAACAUCACUUCCCCUGUCAACCUUCAGCAUCCAGUUAGCAUCACCGGCCCAGUCAACCUCGCGUCUAUCCCAACGACGGCGCACAUGAAUAUCGCACAUCCGGUCGCCAUCAGCACGGCCAUGCCCAUGAAUAUCACGGGGCCGCUCAACAUUGCCAUGCGGUCCAUGGAGAGCAUGCCUUUUCUGUCCCAGGUGCUGCCGUCGUCUCCUCCUUGGUAGACCCAUUUGAACUCGCUUAGUUAGUCCUUUUUUAUCUGGUAAGCUGGAGGGCGCCAUCAAAUUGAGUGGAAAUGUUCUCUACAGGAGUUGAUGGUAAAAAGCCUAAAAGGCGAGGAGUAGUGUAAUACAGCCACAUAGACAGUAUUGAAGAAUAGUUUUUUGGCAAAUAUGAUUUACUUAGUAUUUUUAGAAGAUGAAUGUGUUAAAUGUCUCAAAACAAAUGUCUUUUCAGUCCCUCAUGAUGGAGGCUGGGGGGCAUGGACAUCACAUGUCCUCAAGCAUGAGGAGAUGGGCUCUACUGCAAAGAAGUUUCACCCAAGGUGAAACUUUUCUGUCACCAAGUACUUCUUAUGCUGGCUAUGUUAGGUUGAACUUGAAGAAUCCUGUGUUUUGGUUUAGCCUGCGAACAACUUGAAAAGCAAAGGUACUUCCCCAUGUUGUGUCGGAUCACGAUUUGAUCCUUUAACCUUGUUAAUGCUCAUCCAGCAUUCCGUCUUUUUGAAACCAGCCAACUUAGAUUUCUGUGGGCCCACUAGUCUGUUGGUCCAGCUGCACUCUGUUUAACCCCGUCUCUACAGCUCUCCUCAGUGCUGUCCCUCAUGGCCCACGAAUGUCUGAACCUGGACAUUGCUUUCAAUGAUGUUUAAUCAGGGGCAAGAAAAGCGAAAGAUAUAAUACUGGAAAGCGAAAAGUAAAUGCCCGUACAGCUUUAUUAAUCUCA